UUAUUUUAACCCCCUUCCGGUUUUGUUUCCUCCUCCUCCUCCUCCUAACCUUCGAUCCCCCCUCCUCUCCUUCUCCCUUAAAAACCUUCCCUCUUCCUCCUCCUCCUCCCCCUCCUCCCCCCCCCCCCCCCACCCCCACCCCAUCCCCGCCGCCGCCGCGCCACUCCCAUGGCCACGCAACGGCCUCUCGCCGUCCUCCUCCUCCUCCUCCUCGCCGCCUGCGCGCUGCCGCUCGCUCGAUCCCGCGCGGCGCCAAGAACGGCCGUGGGUGGCGGUGGUGGCGCGGCGGCGGCCGACACGAUACACGAGCUCCUGCGGACGCACGGGCUGCCGGGGGGGCUGCUGCCGCGAGGGGUGGAGUCGUACAGCCUCGACGAGGCGAACGGGCUGCUGGAGGCGCGGCUGUCGGCGCCGUGCUACGCCAAGUACGACGACGGCGACCUGGCCUUCUUCGACACCGUGGUGCGGGGCAACCUCAGCUUCGGCGCGCUCCGCGGCGUGGAGGGCCUGUCCCAGGAGGAGCUCUUCGUGUGGCUCCCCGUCAAGGGCAUCGUCGUCGCCGACCCGGGCUCCGGCGUCAUCCUCUUCGACAUCGGCUACGCCCACAAGCGGCUCUCCAGGUCGCUCUUCGAGGAGCCACCCGACUGCAAGCCCUCCGCCUCCGCCGGCACGGACGCCGCCGACGCCGCCAGGUGGAAGGACAGGCAAGAUGUUCCUGGCCUGAGGUUCAUGGGAGAGGCAUCAUCAGGAGCAGAAAACCACCAGGACCAGAGGUGAAGAGAGGAGUUAAAACAAGGAAAUGUAAUGAGGGUGAGAUCCAGACAAGAAGACAGAGACAAUUGGCUGAGCCAGUUUUCCCCUUGUGUAAAAAUCCUGUGGUGAGAUUGCUGCUGAUGCUGCAAACAACAACUGCUACUGCCUGCAGAGGGUUUGGGUGUAUCUACUUAAGGGAGAUGUGGGUACUUUUGCAACCUGUUUUUUUUUCUCUUUACCUUUUUUGCCUCCUCUCUCUCUCUCUCUUCCUCUCUCUCUAGUCCAUGCACCUGUGUGAUAUUAAGUUUGUCAGUGAUGUGUUACAAGCAAGAAAAGAACAAGGAAAAGGUGGGGUGAGAAGCCAAUUGGGGCUGGUUUUUUUGAGAUUCUUGAGAAGGGAAUUUUCUUUGGUAUGUACUGUAUGUGUUGGUGUAUGUAUGUGUGUGUGCCAGCUCAGCAGUGAGUGAGCUGGGUACAGCACACAGGCUUGCAUUGCCUUCCCUGCACUGCAUGUGAGCUUGUUUGUGUUUGGCUGGCUGGCUGGCUGGUGGUUGAAUGCUUCUUCUCCUGCCUAAGAUGAUUAGAUUAGUAGUACAUAUACAAUCAUACAAUACCAUAUGCUACUCCCUUCAAUACCAUAUGCUACUCCCUUCAAUUAUUCUUCAA